AUGAGAACUCACUCUGCAGAGAAACCUUACACUUGCCAUCAGUGUGGAAAGAGUUUUACACAGAAAAGCAGCCUUCAAUUUCACAUGAACAUUCACACUGGAGCGAAGCCUUAUACAUGCGAACAGUGUGGAAAGAGUUUCACUCAAAAAGCACACCUUCAAAAACACAUGAGAACUCACUCUGCAGAGAAACCUUACACUUGCCAUCAGUGUGGAAAGAGUUUUACACAGAAAAGCAGCCUUCAAUUUCACAUGAACAUUCACACUGGAGCGAAGCCUUAUACAUGCGAACAAGAAACCUUCAGCCUUCAUUCCCACAUGAACAUUCACACUAGAGCAAAACCUUAUACAUGCGAACAGUGUGGAAAGAGUUUCCCUGCAAAACAGAACCUUAAAGUCCACAUGAGAGUUCACACUGGAGAGAAGCCAUACUCUUGCAAGUAUUGUGGGAAGAGUUUUGCAAAUGCGUACUCCCAUAAUUACCACAUGAGAAUUCACACUGUUCAUUCAACAUUCAACAACCUGCUGGUGCUGAAAGAGGAGUAUAAAGAUCUGAAUGAAAUGGAACAGACAGAUCAGUAUGAGAAAGACCAUGAUUUCAUAACUGGUGAAAAUGCCACACAGACUAAAACGGCUUCUAUACGAAAAAGAGCUCAGAAAACCAAAUCUAACAGCUCUUUCACCUGCCUUCAUUGUGGAAAGAGCUUUGCUCAACAAGAAACCCUCAAAAGGCACAUGAGAAUUCACUCGGGAGAGAAGCCUUACACCUGCCAACAGUGUGGAAAGAGCUUUGCUCAACAAGGAGCCCUCAAAAGGCACAUGAGAAUUCACUCGGGAUGUGGAAAGAGUUUCGCUCAAAAACCACACCUUCAAAUACACAUGAGAACUCACUCGGGAGAGAACACUUACACUUGCCAUCAGUGUGGAAAGAGUUUUACACAGAAAGGCAGCCUUCAAUCUCACAUGACCAUUCACACUGGAGCAAAACCUUAUACAUGCGAACAGUUUGGAAAGAGUUUCCCUGCAAAACAAAACCUUAAAGACCACAUGAGAGUUCACACUGGAGAGAAGCCUUACUUCUAA